GCACGUGAGGUGCUGUCGUCAUCAGUAGACGGGGCAGACAACAUGGCUGCGGAGUCUGUACAGAAGGUUAUAUUUGACCAUGAAGGAGUGUUCAUUCAUCCCAGCAGCGAUGAAGAUGGCAUCGAGCAGGAUUUACUGGUCUCAGGGUCACUUCGGAUUGUGGACAAGGAUGGGGAGGUCCUCGUGGAGUACAGACCUUUGGAAGACACCGUCGACCCAUCCAACAUGCUGUGUGCUGGGAAGGACUCGAGUUCGGUCAUGGAGUGGGCUCAGUGUCCGGGGGAGAGGCCUCACCAGCUGUUAGAAACUCAGCAGAGCUACGAGACGGAGUGGGACAUGGUCAACGCCGUGUCUUUCAAGAAGAAACCCUGCACAAACGGAGAGGGCUCUCUAAACCACAGCCACGAGAGGAGCAGGUGGGCGUUCACCUUCAGUGUCAGCGACCUCAGGUCCAUCACAGUGAAAGAGGAAGGUUGGACCUUCCUGGUCUUUAAACUGAAGGAGUCCUCCACCCCCCUCCCCGCUUUGCACUUCCACCAGGGCGGCAGCAGAGAGUUUCUGGACAGCCUGAGAAGAUUCGCUCUGCUCAGCGAGUCUCCAGACGAUGAGAUGUGUCUGUGGGUCAGCACUCCGAACAAAGCUCUGUCCCAGUCCUUCGAGAAUCUCCUGGACGACAACAACUUUGGCCUCGUUCAUAAGUUCAGAAAAGACCCGUACGUGACGACUCUGGGCGGCUUCUCCAAAGUCACCAACUACAUAUUUGAUGCUUUCCGGGGGACAGAGGAGCAGCACCAGCGCCCCCCAGAGGAGGUGGCUGACCUGCUGGGAGAAAUCAUCCCAGGACUGGAGAUCAACCAGCAGGAGGAGCCGGGCUUCGAGGUCAUCACCAGGAUCGACCUGGGAACAAGGCCUCAGGUGACAAGGAGGGAGCCUCUGUCUGCGGAGGACUGGGCCAAACACCAGGAUCCAGAGGGGAGGAUGGUCAAGAUCCCUCACCUCAGACAGCUCAUCUUCAAAGGGGGACUCUGCCACGCCGUGAGGAAGGAGGCGUGGAAGUUCCUGCUGGGGUAUUUUCCGUGGGACAGCACGGCGGAGGAGAGGAAAGCUCUGCAGAGAAACAAAACUGAUGAAUACUUCAGGAUGAAGCUGCAGUGGAAGUCGGUCAGCGAGGAGCAGGAGAGGAGGAACUCCAGACUCAGAGACUACAGGAGUCUGAUCGAGAAAGACGUGAACAGAACGGACCGAACAAAUAGGUUCUAUGAGGGCAUCGACAACCCCGGUCUGGUCCUGCUCCACGACAUCCUGAUGACCUACUGCAUGUACGACUUCGACCUGGGUUACGUCCAGGGCAUGAGCGACCUGCUCUCUCCCAUCCUCUACGUGAUGGAGAACGAGGUGGACGCCUUCUGGUGUUUUGUCUCCUUCAUGGACCAAAUGCACCAGAACUUUGAGGAGCAGAUGCAGGGGAUGAAGACUCAGCUGAUCCAGCUCAGUACCCUGCUGAGGCUGCUGGACUUGGCCUUCUGGAACUACCUCGAGUCCCAGGACUCAGGUUAUCUGUACUUCUGUUUCCGCUGGUUGUUGAUCAGAUUUAAGAGGGAGCUCAGUUUCCAGGACGUCCUCCGGCUCUGGGAGGUGAUGUGGACAGGUCUGCCCUGUCAGAACUUCCACCUGUUGGUCUGCUGUGCCAUCCUGGACUCAGAGAAGCAGAAAAUCAUGGAGGAGAACUACGGCUUCAACGAAAUCCUGAAGCACAUAAACGAGCUUUCAAUGAAACUGGACAUUGAGGAGAUUCUUCAGAAAGCUGAGGGCAUCUGUCUGCAGAUGAAGAGCUGCAAGGAUCUGCCCGACCCCGUCGGCAACAUUUUGGGCUUCGACACAAAAGUCUCCGGCUCUGACCCGACGGAUUCUGCAUCUCCUGCCGCUCCCAGGCCGACGCAGCGGCAGGACGCCUGCUCCAACGGCCACGGACACUUGAGAGAAACCAACUCUCACAACAGCUGCAAAGUUGCCUUCAUAUCGUAGUGAACAGCUGAUGCAACCAGAGACUGACCCCUCCCCCCUCGCCCCAAAAAACAAGAGGAGAAGAAGAAGAGAAUGUAAAAAGGAUUUAAGAUUAUUCAGAAUCUUAUUUUUGUAAUUUCUUGUACCUUAUUGUCUCUUUCACUCAAACAGCCAUUCCUUCUCUCCUCAUGAUGUUUUCUAAAGCCCCAUUCAGACAGAAUGAAACACCAUGAGUGGUGGGGGGGAGGGGGUGAACUCUUCUCUGUGCUCCUCAGUAAUUUAACUCACAGCUCUGGAUGAGAUUUAAACCCUGGGUCUAAGUACAGGAUCUGACUGCCAGGCCAGGGGGGCACCACAGAGCUGGGGGGAGGGGGGGGGGGGGGCAGCAGAGUCCAGAUCUGAACCCACACACCUGAAACACAUGUAGAUAUGAUCCAGUGUGACCUCACUUCCUAAGGAUGUCACUGUCUCUGAUGUCCAUCCUGCAGAACUUCAUUGAGAAUUCUGCUGUUUUUAGGUCUCCUUCAGUGUCAGUGAUCCAGUGAGAGGUGUCUGUUCAUCCAUGGUUCACUGCAGACAGGGGCUGGCCACAGCUGGCCACGGCUGCUGUUAACGAGCUUCUCUCAGUGUUUCCCGUCGUCAUGCUGGUUCCCAAACAGGCCUGCGUGCUGGUGUUAGCGUGUUUCCAUGUCUCAGAUCAGCAGAAACAUUUUUAACUUCCAUUUUCACUCAGAAGUCAAAUUUCACUGUGAGCUGAUAAAAAGCAGCAGAAGGAAAAAUCGUCAGAGAUCAGGAGGAGCCAGCUGACAGAGAGGCAGGAGUCCGUGUGGCUGUGGUUAAAUCACUGAGCAGAGCAGGUGAAGGUCACUUCACCUCCCCACCGACAGGAAUCCAGUCUGGAUGGAGCUUUAGACGGGCCGAGCGUCCCGCUGCGACCUGUGAUGUGCUCUGAGAAACUCCGGCCACAUCAGGUCCAACAUUUAGUCCAACACCACGUUUUACUGGCUGCGUAUUUACAGUCCUGAUCGUUUUCUCACAGUUCAGCUGCUUUCGUUUGAAUAAGACGCCUGCUCCCUCCAACAGAUCCAGCUCUUGUAACUCUUCCUACGUAACCUCCUCUCAGUAUUAAUCAUCUGAUAUGAAAUUGGUGGAAUAAACGAUGUUAAUGUUCCCGGUGGA